AUGUUCAGCCCGGACGGGGGGCUGCCGGCCGCCCACUUCGGCCUCCUGCCCGAAGCCGGCCCGCCCUUCCCCCGCGGCGGCUUCGACGGGGCGGCCGCUCAGCCGCUCUUCUUCCCUUUCGCCGCCGAGCCCGAAGCCACCCGCGAUCCGCCGCCAGCCCGCGCCUGGCUGCCCCCGCCCGCGGGGCCGCCCGCCAAGGCAGAGGCGCGCCCGGCCCGGCCCUGCAGCCAGCCCUCGCCCGAGCCCCGCACCGCGGCCUGCUGCGGGUCGACCUGGACCUCCCCGCCUUGGGCCGGGCCCGCGCCCCCUGGGGCCGCCGCCGCCCUUCCCGGGCCGCCCUUCCCCGGCCCCGCUGCCUUCCCCGGCCCGCAGCUCUGCCCCGCCGCCCUGCAGCCGGGCUCUGGUGGCUUGUCGGGGUUGGGCAGCAGCGGCAGCUCCAGCGGUGCCGCCAGCGAGGGCGGACACUCCAGCGACAGCGGCGACGAGGAUGCACCAACCUCGGAGGAGCUGGAGCAGUUUGCCAAGGACCUCAAGCACAAGCGCAUCAUGCUGGGUUUCACCCAGGCUGAUGUGGGGCUGGCUCUGGGCACCCUUUACGGGAAGAUGUUCAGCCAGACCACCAUCUGCCGCUUCGAAGCGCUCCAGCUCAGCUUCAAGAACAUGUGCAAGCUGAAGCCACUGCUGCAGCGUUGGCUCAACGAGGCAGAGAACACGGACAACAUGCAAGAGAUGUGCAAUGCGGAGCAAGUGUUGGCCCAAGCCCGGAAGAGAAAGCGCAGGACCAGCAUUGAAACCAACGUGAAGGGGACGCUGGAGAGCUUCUUCCGCAAGUGUGUGAAGCCCAGUCCCCAGGAGAUCUCCCAGAUUGCUGAGGACCUCAACCUAGACAAAGAUGUGGUCCGGGUCUGGUUCUGCAACCGGCGUCAGAAGGGCAAACGGCUGCUGUUGCCCUUCGGCAACGAGGCGGAGGGGGUGAUGUAUGACAUGAACCAGCCCCUUGUGCCCCCCGGCCUGCCCAUCCCGGUGACAUCCCAGGGCUACAGCCUGGCACCCUCCCCUCCUGUCUACAUGCCACCCUUCCACAAAUCUGAGAUGUUCCCCCCCGCGCUGCAGCCUGGGCUCUCCAUGAGCAACAGCAGCCACUGAGCUAGGGCUGCGCAGGCUCUAUGGGGCAGCUUUUCCCCGAGCAGGCUCAGGCACGGCCCCGCUCCGGGGCACUUGCUGGGGAGUGCAGGGCAGGGGAAGGGCUGGAAGCCUGGCACAGGGAUGUCACCCACUCCCUGCGAUUGCUCCCAGCUCUUCCCAGUUAGGCGAAUUUACUGCUUCCAGCAGCAUCUGACCUCUCCUGGAGGGCAGCUGCCCCACUGCACCCUGCUGAAGCCAUGUGUGCUGAGUGGAGCCAUUUGUGCCCAGCUGAGCUGCUCCUGUGAG